CUGUUGUUACCUCUUCGAACACAGAUUGAUAUUUCAAAAAAAAAUUUUUUGUUAAUCAAAUAUUAUAAACAACUCAAAGAAGGCCAUGGAACCUAUAAAAUCAACCAAAGUGAAGAAAAGCAAGAGUAAAAAAAACAAAGCAACUGACAGCCAUGACAAGCAAAAUAUAAACAUGAAAAUGAGCUUCAGUAAAUUCGAUGAUCUGCAGAAGCGAAGCCAUAUCCACACUCCCAUGACUCAGCAGCAGCUGGACAACUGCCAUCAAUGUCAACAAUCGGUAUACAAAAUGGAGGAAGUUAUUCUGCAUUUGAAAACGGGUACAAAGAUAUUCCAUAAAACAUGUUUACGUUGCAAGGACUGCUCAAAACAAUUAAAACUAGACACUUAUCAUGCUCACGAUGGAUAUCUCUACUGCCAUAGGCAUUUCAAAUUACUAUUUGCACCAAAGGUAGUGUAUGAAGAGAUUAAGCCACGAAAACCAGAACUUAUAAUACGUGAGAAUCAACCAAUGGAAUUGCCACCGGACGUUGCCAGAGCAUCUGAUAAACCAAAUCUGGGACUUGACGAACUCCAACAACUGAAUGUCCGAUCCAGAUUUGAGGUUUUUGAAAAUGGCGCUUGGUCUCGAAAUAAUAAUAACUCACAAGAUAAUUCUCAAGGAACCGCCAUAACCCAUGGAAAGUCGAUAAGAUCAACGCUAACCAAACUUCAUAAACUUGGGAUUAACAACUUCAAAUCUGAAGAAUUGGAAAAAAAUAAUGAUAUAAAUUUAGACGAUAACUCAGAUGACGAUGAUUAUUCUCGAAUGAUAUUAACAGAAAAAGAAAAGCCUUUGGGGUUAGGAGAAGCAAUAAACGAUAUAAGAACUAAGUUUGAGAACGGUGAAAUGAUUACAAAAGAAGAGAGACGAGAAGAGCGAAAACAUGAGAUACAAGGAAUACGCUCUCGAUUAUUUAUGGGCAAACAGGCGAAAAUCAAAGAAAUGUAUCAACAAGCAGUUGCAGAAUCUGAACAGGGCCUUACCUCAGCUGGGAAAACCGCAGAUAUUGAAUUGACUACACCCACACAAUCUAUCAAAGAUCGUUUUGAAAAUGGUGAAGCUUUUAAGGAAAAUAUAAAAGUACAAUCUAAAGAAGCUAUUGAAGACGCAGAAGUCUUUGAAUCUGCUAUAAGCAAAGCUUCGCGUAAUAUUUUUAUGCAAAUGGACGCAAACAAUGCUUCGAAUCUAGUCAGCUUAAGAAGCACCGUUUCAAGUAAUCCAACAGAAAAAUUAAUUCAACUUAAUAAAAAGGAUGUCGAUAACGACAUGGAUAUCAUAAAAUCUGGCGCCAAACCCGAAUAUAUUAGAGUUGCCACCGAAGAGUUGACAGAGAGGUUUAAAUUUUUUGAAAAAUUUUGUCCAGUUGAAAAGGAAAGGCAUAUUUUUCGCAUAACACCACCACGAGAAGGUGUUGUUAAAAUGGAUUCAGACACUGAUACGGAUAUUUUAUCAUCUACAAAACAAAGUUUUAUUCCCGAGGAUAUUUUGCUAAAAACCAAAACGACAUCAACAAUCUUAAACAAGUUCCGUGAAAUGGAAGAAAAUAAAAAUGUUGAUAAAAAUGACAUAAUGAAACAACCCAAACCUUUGAAGUGCUUUACUCCUCCACCAGAAACAGAGAAUAAUAAACAUGUAAGUAAUAAUAAAUCAGAUUCCGAAGAUGAGGAAAGCUUUACCGAAGAUGAUACAAAUACUAAUGAAGAUAGUGAGGACGACAAAGAAAUUGAUAGUGAAAAUUCAAGCAAAUCACGUAACAUGGAUCAGUCACUUAAAGAGGCAAAGAGCACAGCUCGUGCUAAACAAUUGUGUGCCAAAUUUGAAAAAUGGCAAGCCGAUGAAAUACAACGUGAACUAAGAGAAGAUCGUGAACUUGUUUACUCACAACUCAUUUCUAGUGAUUCUAUAGAAAGUGCCAAAAUAAUUCGGGAACGCUUUGAAAAUAUGAAGAUAAACGAAGAAACACAAAUGGAAAACAAUGCACACAGAGCUCAAAUCAAUCGUUUUGUUUAAUCUCAAUGUCUUAAGAACUGAGAAGGGCUUUAUAUGACCACAAAUCCUGGAAAUGAUCCGAUCCUCCCAGCUUUCAAAAUUUUAGCAAUCACAUAUCACAUAUGUAAAAUAUUUGAUCUGA